AUGGCUAAUUCUCUUUUUCUACAAUUCCUAUCUUUCAAGAGUCUCAACACCAAGUCUGACCUACAGAAUAUCACUAUAAUGAGCUCCAAUGACGACAACGAAAGCAUUGACCCCAGAUUGCGGGAUCUUGUGCUAGGAACCGAGUCUUUGACCUAUGGAGACGACGUCUUUCACGACGCUCCUGAACCAGCAAUUGAAAACCACGAGUCUCCUCAGUUGAACAAUGAAGAAGAACGGGUGCAAAAUGAAGAACCAAAUCCUGUUCCUCCAGCCAACUUGGUGCAAAUGCCACUAAAUACCAUAGGAGCUGACGGGAAACCAGUCUAUAUAACCCCUGGAAGAGUUACUUUACUAAAAGACGAUUCCGGCAACAGCUACUUAUUGCAUCCCAAUGGAUUUGUUUCUCCAGUAAAUGCACCCAAAAGGAAGUCUGAACGAAAUAAACGGAAGAGGAAAGUCCCGCCGUUUUUCCAUAUGCCUACACCCAUUACCAAAAACACCACAGCGGAAGAACUUCUCCGUUGCCAUACAAAUGUGUUGGAAUUGGUGCAAUUCAGUGAGAUUAUGAAUAAAGAAACAUCUAGCAGGUAUGGUGAUCUUGAUACUUCUUCUACUGUUCUUCACAGCGCAACAAAUAGCUCCAAAAGUAGUACCAGAAGCAGCACCCGAAACCAACUUCUGAACAAUAACAGCGUCAAGUCAGACCAGAAGAAACCACGUCUGGCUCAACAGCCUCCGCCUGGCCCUGGAUCCGGUUCCGUCCCUGGCUUUCAAAGUUAA